AUGGACAGAAGGUAGCUUAAACAAUGUUAUGUAAUGUCUCAACCUACCAUCUAUACAAACACUUAUACAUACAUUAACAUACAUGUCUGAAACCAUAUCGAUUCUUGAUAUUACACCUACCCCAUCUCCCCAUUCAACCAUCUCUCUUUAACCACUCCACAAUCCCCAAAUUCCCCUCAAUUUCCAAACCCUAAUGGCACCCCCAAUUCCCCAACCCGACCCGAAAACCAACCCGAUUGGAAGAACCGAAACCCCAGGUGGACCCACCUCAUCAUCUCUGUCUGUAACAGAGACGAUCAAUGGGUUUCAUGAUUUCAAGAUCAUGGGGUAUUCACUUUCUAAAGGAAUAGGCAUAGGGAAAUACAUAGCUUCUGAGACAUUUGAUGUGGGGGGUUAUUCUUGGGCUAUUUACUUUUACCCAGAUGGUAAAAGUCAUGAAGAUAACAGUGUGUAUGUUUCUUUGUUUAUUGCACUUGCUAGUGAAGGGAAUGAUGUUAGGGCUCUUUUUGAAUUGACCCUUAUGGAUCAGAGUGGGAAUGAGAGGCACAAGAUUCAUACACAUUUUGGGAGGCCUUUGGAAAGUGGGCCUUAUACACUUAAAUACAGAGGUAGCAUGUGGGGUUAUAAGCGGUUCUUCAGAAGAACAAAUCUGGAGACAUCAGACUACUUAAAAGACGAUUGCCUUCAAGUUCAUUGCUGCGUAGGGGUUGUCAAGUCUCACACUGAAGGUCCAAAAAUCUACUCCAUACCAGUGCCAGUGUCUGAUAUUGGUCAACAUUUUGGACAGCUAUUAGAAAGUGGAAAAGGAACUGAUGUUAAUAUUCAAGUAAAUGGAGAAAUCCUUGCUGCUCACAAGUUGGUGCUUGCAGCUCGCUCACCUGUAUUUAGGGCACAACUUUUUGGCCAGAUGAAAGACCAAAAUACGGAGUUCAUAAAUAUCGAGGAGAUGGAGGUUCCUGUUUUCAAGGCAUUGCUUCACUUUAUGUACUGGGAUUCACUUCCCGACUUUGAAGAGCUUACUGGUUUGAAAUCGCAAUGGGCUUCAACUGUGAUGUUCCAACAUCUGCUUGCAGCUGCUGACCAAUAUGGUCUAGAGAGGCUCAGAUUACUAUGUGAGGCUAGCCUCUGUGACGGUGUUUCUAUAGACACUGUCUCAACCACACUGGCCUUGGCUGAGCAGCACCACUGUUCCCAGCUGAAAUCUGUGUGUCUGAAAUUUGUUGCAAUGCCCAAGAACUUAAGAGCUGUAAUGCAAACCGAUGGUUUUGAUUAUCUAAAAGAGAGUUGUCCAUCUGUCCUGACCGAAUUAUUGGAGUAUGUAGCUAGGUUCAGUAAGCAUUCUGUUGUCAUCAACCGCAGUGGGAAUGAAGGUCUCUUGGAUGGCAGUGAUGUACAUGGCAGAAGGGUAAAACAAAGACUAUAUGAGAAUUUGUUGUGGGUGAAAAUUUUAACCAAUGAUCUGUAACAUAGUCUAGUGUUGAUCUAGAGUCAGGAAAGUUGAUUCAGCUCUUCUUUUCUUAUUAGAUGUAAAUUGGUUUUAAAAACUUUUUAGUAAUGAUGAACUUGAUGGAUUGCUCAAGAGUGUCAGAGUGUGUAAUAUCUGAUUGUGUAUGGGUUGUACUAUAAAAACUCCCAUCAGGGGAUGUAAUUCUGCACUCGUACAACCAAACCGGUUAUUGAAUUCUUCUGCUAAUCUUGUUCUCUGUUAAAAUGUUUUGAUUUCUGA